AUGCAAGUUCGGUCGCCACCGGCGGUUGACUCGACCACAGAGGUAGUCGAACACGCUACUGUGGAAGGGUUUCAACCAAAAACCGUUGCCGACUUCGAUGCCACGCAUUCGUACGAUGUAUGGUGGAACGGCAAUGGCACUGUUGACGGCGGCUACUACAAGGCCAAAGUGCUCCACAUGACAGGAUCCAGUGCAACCACUGCAGCCCUUACUGCAUCUGGGUCGCUUGUGCCCCGGCAGCACAAUUCUGGCAACAGCCUUCGUGAUGUCAGUCCGGCCACUUCAUUGCCAUCUGUUCUCAGAACGUCUGUGGCUUCACGUAGCCCCACAGAACUGCCUCUGCCAGAGCAAAACGGAGACGUUCUGACUCCACUGGAAAACAAUGGAGAAAUGCUCGAAGGCCUGCAGACUGUGAUCGGCAGUGCGCGAGACGACGGAAAGUUACUUGCAUGCAUGGCAUGGCAGCUGCUUUUGUUCAUAUGAAACAGCGUUGUGGCGCAAGAAAAAUUGCAAAUCUUCACUGGGUUGUGU